AGCGCCGUGCGUGCGGCGCCCACUUCCGGCCCGCCGCCCGCCGCAGUGACAGGCAGCAGGCAGCGCGCGGCGCGGGCACAGCGGGACGGCCGUCCCCCGCCUCCGCCAUGAACGGCAAAGGGCAGUACCCCACGCAGCCCUCCUACCCCGUGCAGAGUGCCGCCAACCCCCCCGUGUACCCGCAGACCGUGCCCCUGCCGCAGCCCCCGCCGUACACCGACGCUCCUCCCGCGUACUCCGAGGAUUUUUUGCUGCUCCGCCCGGUCCCCAUGAUCUGUCCUGCGAGAAUUGAAGUGAACUCUGAGCGCUUUUUUUUUGGAGCGAAGGUGGCACAGAGCCCCCAGCUCUACCGUCCCAGCUUCGUCCCUCUGGGGGCUGCCACCGUCCCCACGAUGUCGGCAGCGUAUCCGGGCGCGUCCGUCUUCCUGCCCGUGGCCCAGUCCGUGGCCGUGGGGCCCAUCGCUUCCUCCGUCCCCAUGGCGUACUACCCCGUGGGGCCCGUCUACCCGCCGGGCUCCACUGUCCUGGUGGAGGGCGGCUUUGAUGCUGGAGCGAGGUUUGGGGCCGGAGGCACCGCCAGCAUCCCU